AAAAUCUCCUCAUAAAACCCCUCACAAAAAUUUCACCCAUAUAAAUUUUUAUAUUUUUUUCCAGUAAUUCGCGUUUGGAAGAAAGAGACUUGUGUGGUGUUGUUGUUGCUGCAUGAUGCUCGGCGUCUCAGGCCUCAUGGGGAGCUCCGGCGACGGCGCAGCUGCGGUUGCUGCGGAGAGCGGCGGAGCGAGCGGCGGAAGCAGCGAGGUCGGCGCAUCAAGCUCAAUCCCCGCCGAGGAUAUUGGCGGCGGCGGAAAUCGCUGGCCGCGGCAGGAGACUCUGGCUUUGCUGCGGAUUCGCUCGGAUAUGGAUGCUGCUUUUCGAGAUUCAAGCCUGAAAGGUCCGUUAUGGGAAGAGAUUUCGAGGAAAAUGGCGGAGCUUGGAUUUCAACGAAGCGCGAAGAAAUGCAAAGAGAAAUUCGAGAACGUGUACAAGUACCACAAGAGGACAAAAGACGGCCGCGCCUCGAAAUCCGACGGCAAAACGUAUCGAUUCUUCGAUCAGUUGGAGGCGUUGGAGAACGCUCCUCCGCCGCCUUUCACACCUCCGCCUCCGCCGCGGCCAAUGGCGGUGAGCUCUUUACCAAUGCCGCCGAUAUCGCAGAUCGCUGCUACUGUUCCAUCCACUUGCAGCCCGACGCCUUUGACCGUGCUGCCGCCUCCGAUCCACACCUCCGACCACCUCAUCAUGAAUUCCGCUCUUUUCCAUCCGCCGCCGCAGCCGCGCUCGGAUUCCGCGUCGACGAGCUCCACGUCGUCGGACGAGGACAUACAGCGGCGGAGGGGGAAGAAGCGGAAAUGGAAGGAUUUCUUCCAGAGGCUGAUGACGGAUGUGGUCCACAAGCAGGAGGAUUUGCAGCGGAAGUUCCUCGACACGCUGGAGCGCCGCGAGCGCGAACGCGUGGAGCGGGAGGAGGCGUGGCGGAUGCAGGAAAUGGCCAGGAUGAACCGCGAGCACGAUUUCCUGGCCCAGGAAAGGUCGAUCGCCGCGGCGAAAGACGCCGCGGUGAUCGCAUUUUUGCAGAAACUCACCGACCAAAACAACAUCCCAAUCCCAAUCCCAACCCCAACCCCAAUCCCAUCCCCAAUCCCAACUACUACUGCUAAUGUAGUUUCCACAACUGCUGCAAUGCAGCCACAACCACAGCCUCCACUGCCGCCGCAGCAGCAGACUGCUGCGGUUCCAGUACAGGUACAAGUACCAGAACCAGUACUUGUACCAGUACCGGAACCAGCGCGUCUGACAAAAGCGCCAGACGCGCCAAGAGCGGACAACGGGGGAGGCGGGGACGGUUCGAAUUUGGCGAGCUCGUCGCGGUGGCCGAAGGCCGAGGUGCAAGCGCUGAUCAACUUGCGGACGGGCCUCGACACGAAGUAUCAAGAGAACGGGCCGAAGGGCCCGUUGUGGGAGGAGAUAUCGAGCGCGAUGGGGAAAAUGGGCUACAAUCGGAGCUCGAAGAGAUGCAAAGAGAAAUGGGAAAACAUAAACAAAUACUUCAAGAAGGUGAAGGAGAGCAGCAAGAAGCGGCCGGACGACUCGAAAACGUGCCCGUAUUUCCACCAGCUCGACGCCAUAUACAAAGAGCGGGCGAAAACCGACACCGCCGUUUCCAUCAACGCAGAGCCGAUCAUGGCCCGGCCCGAGCAGCAGUGGCCGCUGCCUGAGCAGCAGAACCCCGCAUUGCCCUUGCCGGACCACGAGAGCGAGAAUAACGACGAUGACAACGACGAAGACAGCGAUGAAGACGAAGGAGGAGGUGACUACAAAAUGGUGGCUAACAAGCAGCCGCCGGAGUAAAAUGAGAGAGAGAGAUAGAAAAAAUGGUGGGGGCAAAAGCUGCAAAGCUGUCAGAAUACCGUUUUGAAUUUGCAGUGAAAACCUCUGAAUUCACAUGGAGGGCGGCGCCGGCGGAGGCGCCGCCGCCGGAAGGUUAUAUAAUUUAAUUUUGUUUUUAGAUGUUUUCAUUUACAAUUUAUUUAUUAUUUUGAAAAAAUAAUAAAUUGAGGAAAUAAGAGGGGGACAGUAUUUAAAAUU